AUGACAAAACUGUACUCGAAGAGACUCUUUGAUAUAGUUGCAAAUAAUAUGCCAAUUUUCGAAAUAAUACGGUCUUCAUUUGCAGAUGACCACGAAGAUUCGGAAAUGGCUGAACAAAGGAAAUUUUUCAUAGCAUCUCGCAUGUGCUUUCGUUCCACUGAUCACAGCUGGUUAAAUCAUCGACAGGGUCGAAUGACUCAUUAUACUGAUGAUAUUUCGCUCUGCAUUGUGAUGAUAGGUGCGGAGAAUUUCGACAAACUCGAUCAUCUGCAGCAGUUACUUCUAGAAGAAAUGUGCAGUCACAUUCGUAGAAGGAAAUCAGUAACUUAUGCGCAAUAUCGCGCAUUUAUGCGUGCAAUUUUUGGUUAUUUAUUACCACGUGAAUUAAUCGGAAAAUGCAAUAUGGAGCUUGCUGUCGAUCAUGUUUCAUCUAUUCUGUUUAAGCUUGGGUUUGAUGAAAGUAUAAGGUUAAGCGAUCUUUUCUCAAUCCCGUUCAAAACCUCAUCUUUAAAAUGGUUAAGAUAUUUACCAUCUCACGAAUUAUGCUGCAUACAUCGGAAAUUCAUGCUUUGGUUGCUAGAAUUUUCUAUUGAUGUUACUAGGGCUGCAUUUUAUGUAACACCAGAGAAUAGAACGAGGCUGUUACGUUUUUAUCGAAAAGAUAUAUGGAAACGUAUCGAAAAUCACAGUUUCCACGUGUUAUCUGAGAAAAGGGAAUUAAAGAAAGUGAAAGGCACACGAUCAUUAAUCGUGCCUACAGGAAAGAGCUUCUUAAGACAGUAUUCGGCGAUCGCGUUGAAGAUAGUUUCUGCAGUUAUUGAUCUAAUAUGUUCGAAGCAGCGCAGAUGUUCCAAAGAACUUCCGCUUACUGGAGCUGCUGUUUGGAACGGCAUUGCUGGAUUUCCCAAGCGUUUUCGACGAUUCAUGCAAAUGAAUGGAUCGACAAGAAUUUACGCAGUGAAAACAGAUGUUCGAGACUGUUUUAAUUGCAUCAGUCAAAAUCGCUUGCGUUCUUUACUAAAAAAACAUAUUUUGUUAACAAAACAUUUUCGGUUAAAUGCAGAUGAGAUUGGAAUAAGUUCUUUGAUUUCCGCUCGGCGAUAUGGUUUUGGAUGUGGAAUUGAUGACCAUAAUUGCAACCUUUUAGAACUGUGCGUAACGGGUGAUAUGGUCAUGUGGUUUCUUGAAACUUACGUCAUCAAUAAAGAGUUCAAAUAUCGGAACGGUGUGUAUCGUGCUUUUCGUGGCAUACCACAAGGUAAUCAUGCUUCAGCACGUUUAUGUGAUCUUUACCUUGGUGCAGCAGAUUGCGAAAGAUAUUUCGAACUGAUGAAACGACGCGAUACAUUGCUUAUCCGUUAUGUAGAUGAUUAUCUAUUAUUGACAACUGAUAUCAGUGUUGCACAGAAGUUUCUGGAAGUGAUGCAUUUCGGAGCAGAUGAUAAUUAUAACAUUAUCGCUGACUCUACGAAGACAGUAAUUAAUUUCUACUGCGAAUGUAGUGAAUUGCUUAUUUCUGGCAAAAUGGUCAGUCCAUGUAGCGCAAUACCGUGGUGUGGUUAUAUAAUUUAUCCGGGUUUGAAAAGGUAUUCCAUCGAUUGGGCGAAAAUACAUUCAGAAAAAGCAAUUACCUGUAGAAUUAUACACAAAAUGGGUUCACGAGAGAAAAGAAUUGCUGUUUUGAAAUUUUUAAAGGCAUCGCUUCUUGAAAAGUACAGAAUGGUUUAUCGUUUUCCUACUGACAGGUGGAAGAUCAGUGUAUUAAAGAAGUUUGCUGCCAUUGGUACAAAAUUGUAUGCUCGUCCGUAUGCCAAAAAAGUCCGACUUUCCAUGAAGGGACGUUGGAAUCAUGUGUUUUGGCAAAAAUUGCGUGCUUGGCUUCGACAAGGAUUUGCAUAUUCAUAUAAUACAAAGUUGGCUCAUUUGUACGGAUGA